AUGUCCGAGAUACUAUUUCCUCUUGCCCAAGAGGGCGCACCUCCUCUUCUAAAAGUCCGCCUCCCAUUUCCGCAUCGGCUUAAUUGCUUCAUUAAGCUAUGGAUUCUCAAGUUUCUGGCGUCGCUUGUGUUUGCUGUUGACAGACUUCUCCAUCCACCAUCACCGACUCUUGGUCCAAACCUCCUAAAGCGCUACCCAUGCCGCCCAAGUCUGCAAACCCGGGUAUUCUACCCACCAAGCUACAAGGAGGGGAAACUGCUACCAUUAUACCUGAAUAUCCAUGGUGGUGGAUUUGCAGUCUGCGAUCCCCAAAAUGACGAUGAAUUCUGCAGCAUGUGGUCGAGACGUACCGGUAUGCUGGUCGUCUCCCUGGACUACUCCAAAGCGCCUCUGUAUCCGUUCCCUGCCGCCGUCUUCGAUAUUGCCGCUCUCGCUACCGCUGUUCUCGCAGACGCCAGUUUACCCAUCGACAAAGCUAGGACUGUAAUAGGAGGGUUCAGCGCCGGAGCAAACCUUGCCUUGUGUGCGAGUCAAUUACCCGGAUUGCAAGGCAAACUAAAGGCAGCAUUGGCAUUCUACCCCAUUGUAGAUUUCAGCCACCCUCCUCAUGAGAAGCUCAAUAGGCGUCCUUAUAAGACUAAUCGGAAAGACUCAUUGGAGUUUUCUAGUUAUUGGUUUGACUGGGGAUACGUCUCUCCUGGGCAGAACCGCCGCGACCCUCUCCUCAGUCCAUGUUAUGCCAAAAGGGGGGAUCUCCCGCCCUGUAUCUAUAUGAUCGGUGCGCAAUGGGAUCUCCUGAGAUUAGAGAGCCAAAAAAUGAUUCACGAGCUAGCUGGACUUGGUGGACUGGACAAUCAGGAGGCGGAUUUUGAGGAAGGGACAUACAAGUGGACCUUAGCAAGAGGGCGGUCGCAUGGAUUCACGCACCACUUCGGAUACAAGUUGGAAGACAAAAAACGACGGGAAGCAGCGUGCGAGCCCAUAUAUGAAGAGGCAAGAGAGUGGCUCGAAAAAAUGUGGAAAACUUGA